AUUUCUGCUUAUAAGUCUUACACCAUGACAACCGUUUCACCUACACAAUUUACAUAUCGAUCUUUUAACAACUUAAGCUUAGUUUUGGGACAUCCUACUUAUCAAACCGUUAAAAAUUUCCAAGAUAUCAAUGAUUUGUUUAUUGUUCCUAGUGGCAAUAUUAAGACCUUUCAGUACAGCAAGGACGGUGGAUAUCUUAGUUUGGCGUCACCAGAAUGCGUAAAGAUCAUAGACGCUGAAACUGCAGAGCCUCGUAGCGAAAUUGAAAAGAAAAAUAUUGUUGAAAUCGGGUUUUCCCCAAAGGGGACUUAUAUCUCUACUUGGGAAAGACCAGUUAAGCUAUCUGAUAAUUUGGUACACAAGAAUUUAAUUGUAUGGGAAACAGCAACUGCGCAAAUGUUGAUUCAAUUUACACAAAAGAGUCAGGCGAAUUGGAAUGUUCAAUGGACUGAAGAUGAAUCGUUUUUUAGUCGUAUGGUGACUGGUGAAGUUCAUUUCUAUGAUAGCAAACGUAUUGACAAAGGGAUUCAUACCAAGUUACGGUUAGAAAACAUCGUUGAUUUUUCUCUGUCACCCGGAAAAAAUCCUUUCAUAGCAGUAUUUGUUCCAGAAAAAAAUAGUGCUCCUGCAUCUGUUCGUAUUUAUUCGAUAACCAACUUUAAUUCUCCAUUGGCACAAAAAACUUUUUUUAAAGCCGAUAAAGUUCGAAUGCAUUGGAACGAUCUCGGUACGAACUUGUUAGUUCUAACACAAACUGAGGUGGAUAAAACGAAUAAAUCUUAUUACGGAGAAAAGGAUGGUCCAAUACAUGACGUAGCUUGGAGUCCAAACUCUAAAGAGUUUAUAGUGGUUUAUGGAUAUAUGCCUGCCAAAGCAACAUUAUUCGAUCAUCGUGCAAAUCCCAUACAUGAAUUCGGCGUCAAUCCUCCCGGUUUUGGAAAUCUUGCUGGAACAAUAGAUAUUUGGGAUCGCGAAAAUCUGAAAAAAAUAUCGACCAUAGAAGCUCCUAAUUCAUCUGAAUGUUUUUGGUCACCUGAUGGUCGUUAUAUAAUGACUGCGACUCUAAGUCCUCGGUUACGAGUUGAUAAUGGCUAUAAGAUUUGGCAUUAUACCGGUGUACUAGUGCGUGAUGAGAGUAUUCAGGAAUUAUUACAGAUUCAAUGGAGACCAGCUAGUGUAGAACAAUAUCCUAUGCGUACCUUAUCACCACCACCUAAAGCUUCAGAGGAUUCUGUUGCAUUUGCUGCGAAACCUUCACCAGCCAAGAAAGUAGGUGCUUAUCGACCUCCACAUGCACGUGGUACUGCAACACCAGAGAUGUUUAAGCGUGAGGAUGAAUCAAGUAAACGAUUACAUACGCAAGAUCAUGGAAAUAAAUCUAUGAUAGUAGGGGCAUCUGAAGUAACUACGAAAGCUGCUGUUAAAAACAAAAAGAAGCGCGAAGCGGCAAAGAAAAAAAAGGAAGAAGCAAAUCUUGUUUCUGAAACGAGUAAUGUAGCAUCAUCGUUACCGCAAUCGCCAACACUGAUUCAACAGGGUGGAAGCUUAUUAUCAGAAACAGACAAAAAGAUUCGAAAUUUAACAAAGAAGUUAAGACAAAUUGCUGAACUUAAAGAAAGACAACAGAAAGGGGACAAAUUAGAGCUGACACAAACAUCCAAAAUUGUAACUCUUGAUGAAUAUUCAGAAUUUUGUGAAAGGAACGCAUUUCUUUGUGGUCCCGCAUAA